CUCUCCCUCCCACUGAGGCGGUGACCAAGGCAGCUCCACCCUCGGCCACCGAGGGAGUAACCAGCUAGCGCGACCUCCCCGUCUCACUGCAGCGGCCGGCUGGCUGGGUCCGGUUGACGUGAAACGACUUCUCACAAAGGAUCUACAAAACCCGAGGGAACCAUGUUUGCCUGGAUGUUGCUGCCCCUGUUCAUCGCCCUUAUUCUCCCCAAAACUUCGGACUGUGCAAGUCAUCCGUGGCACCUCCUCAUCUUGUCUCAGCAGUGGCCACAGACCGUCUGUUUGAUGGCAAGCGAGGCGUGCAAAGUUCCUCGUGCUGUUGACUACUGGACUGUGCAUGGGCUCUGGCCCAAAAGAGCCCAGAUGUGCAAUAAUUCCUGGCAUUUCAACAUAAAAAAUGUGCAGGACAUUUUAUCUGACAUGGAGCAAUAUUGGCCUGAUGUGAUCCAUCCCAAUAGUACUCAGCUCUGGAAACACGAAUGGCAGAAGCACGGGACGUGUGCAGCAACGCUGGAGACCCUGGACUCCCAGGAGAAGUACUUCAGUAAAGCGCUGGAUCUGUACAGAAACCUGGACCUGACCAGUGUUCUUAGGAAGUCUAAUAUUUUCCCAUCGACCAAGUAUUAUACGGUAGAGCAGAUAGAAAAUGCUCUUAAAUCAGUCCUUGGGGCAACACCGAAGAUUCAGUGCAUGAUGCCUACUAAGGGAGUGUCAGUGCAAACACUGGGCCAGAUUGAAUUUUGUUUCACCAAAGAAUUUCAGCUGCUGAAUUGCACAGAGGGCGUACCCAAUGUACACAUCUCCAGGGAGGGUGGACAACACAAUACGUACACAGAUUAUGCUGUGUGUAACCGGAAUCUGCAAGUCAGUUAUCCUCCUAUAGAGCACCUGUACUGAGUGUGAGUGUGUAGUGUGGAAGGGAGUCUGUUUUAAUGUCGGUAAUGCGCUUCAGAUACAUUUACAAUAAAAGCCGCUUUGUGUCGAGAGAUUAAUCCUGUUCUGAAACUAAAUGGUCAUUUUGUUGAUAACAAUGCAAGCAGAUUAUGCUGGGGGAAAUAUCGGGGAUUAUGCUGGGGCGGUAGAGUUGCUGCCUCACAGCGCCAGAGACCCGGGUUUGAUCCUGGCUACAGGUGCUUUCCGUGUGGAGUUUGUACGUUCUCCCCGUGACCUGCGUGGGUUUUCUCUGAGAGCUCCUGGUUUCCUGCCCCACUUCAAGAACAUACAGGUUUUAGGCUAAUUGUAAAAUUGUCUAUCAGAUUUUAACACACACCUGGAUGGUCAGUUCAGUUUUCAAAGAAAAUAUCGAUGCUUCAUUUUAAAUUUCUACAAUUUAUAUAUUUUUUAUCUUCAGCCAGUAUUCAGGAAUUUCUAUUUUUGAAGAUUUUAAUAGAUUGUAGAUAAAUGCUUUAUUACUGCUAAAAUAUUUCGCACCUCUGUUCCUUUUUAGUCUCUAGUCUCAGUUUAACUUUACAGUGUAACAGAGGGUCCAGUUUAUUUUGUCAUGACAUUAGUUUUAAACAAAGUAUUUAAUCAUUGAGGUGGCACCAAAUGUUUAUACAACAUUGGCGAGGCCACAACUGAAGUAUUUGAUCUAAUUCUGGUCACAGUGGUUUGGGAAGGAAGUGAAAUUCUUGAAGAUGUUGUCGUAAGGAUGGUUCCAGUAUCUGGAGACUUCAGUUACAAAUUUAUAGUGGAUAAUUGGGGUUGUGUGAGCUAUAGUUCUUGAAGAAGACUAGAUCUGGAGAUUGAUAGCCGUGUACAGGGUUUAGACAGGUAAACGAAUGACAGGCUGAAGUAGGGUCCUGACCCGAAACGUCACCUAUCCAUGUUUCCAGAGAUGCUGCCUGACCCGCUGAGUCAUUCCAGCACUGUUUUUCUUAGUAAACCACCAUCUGCAGAUCCUCGUCACUAAAUGAAUGGUGGCUUUUCCCAUUAUCUAAUGUUUCCAGGGCUAAGGGGGCACAUAUUUAAACCAAAGAGCAAUGGAUAGGAGAACGAUGUGAGGAAAAACUUACAGGGGUAUUCGCUGCAGGGGCAACACUAACGCACAAUUCUCCAGAGGUAGGUUCUUGGUCUUACACGUGUGACUUCCUCACAGUGGGCACAGAAAUGUGACUCAGUCAGAUGGCAAAACUCCCAUUAUAAAAGGUCUCUCACUGUUGGUUUGAGUUUAUCAUUGGUUUUGGAAGAGAGGAAGCAAUGUUUCAAAUGUGAAUUGUUUCCUCCUGUUCGUUUAUAUACAUACCUCUGAUCAAUUUAUGGGUUUUACUCUCUGCUAUUUGAACUCAAGGUUUUCCACAGAAUGGUUAAAUCAAUCCCAAAGCCCAGAAGAGGUUAUGGGAACUAUUCGGUGUCUGCUAAUGUCACUAAUGCAAUUUAUAUUUUUCAAUAAUUCUAAUACAUUCUCUGUCUGGAAUAAUAUUACAUAAAUUGGCCAAAUAAUGUAACUGAGCAAAUGAUUAAAGAGUUACAAUCAAACUUUAA